AGAAAUGUCAGAGUGAGUUAGAAAGAGGAAAGCCGAGUGGCGGUGGAAAGGCGUGGUAGAAGAUCAGAGUGCAAUCUGCAUUAUUCUGUAGCUGAGGCGCGCGGGCGGCCAUCAAGGACUCUUCAGGUCAACGUGAUCCAAUCUGCCGUAUAAAACGCCCCUCUCGACGGUCCUUCGAGCACUGUUGUACUUCUCGUCGCCCCGUUGUCGUUAUUUCUCCAUUAUGUAUGCGAUAUUCACGUUACUAUGCUAUACGGUUGCAUUGGUCUCGUGUCAAUCGACGAAUAGACAAUACCAGUCACCUCAACAGGCAGCAAUUUUGAGUGAUGCAAGAUAUCUGGCUGGAGAUGGAACUUUUGGCGCCGCUUAUUCACAAGAGGAUGGCGUGGAAUUCAAAGAGGAAAGCGACGUUUACGGGAAUCGCCGUGGGUCUUACUCCUACGUCGAUCCUACGGGUCAAAGACGCACAGUGACAUAUACGGCUGGGAAAAAUGGCUUUCAGGCUACAGGCGACGGCAUUCCCGUUCCACCCCCGCAAGUUCCACCUCAGCCAGAGUACGUACCUCUACCGCAAUACAACCCACCCGAUUAUCAACCACCGCGAUACAACCCAUCCUUGCAAUCGUAUCAACGUCAGAGUCAACCAGUUUAUGAAGCACAACCAGCGCCUCAGCCCCAACCUCAACCUCAACCUCACCUUCCACCUCAACCAGUGUAUCAAUCUCAACCACAAUACCAACCUAGACCUCAACCACCACCUGAAAUUCAAUCCAUUCCUUCCUACAACCCACCGCCACAGUAUCAACCUCCGGCUAGACCAUUACCACAGUACAACGCUAUAACGACGCCACCACCUCGAAGGUUUUACCCACCUGGAAAGUUGAACUUCAAUAGGACUCCAGAUGGCUACUCUUACACUUUUAAUAAAAGUUAAGAAAAAGGUAACUAGGAAUGGGAGUAACUUCUAAUUUGUAAUUUGUCACUCGUAAAAUUUGGCCAAUAAUAUGGAAGAAUAGAGUAAUAUACAAGAAGGCGCAAGUUGUCAUUUUAUAUGGCAAAUUUAGAAAGAUAAAGAUCUUUCAUCUGAUGAAAUUCGUUCAUAUUAAAAUUUUAAGGAAAAUCUUUUUUAACGAUCUAUUUUAAACUCGAGAGAGAAUUUAUUAAUUGAUUAUUAUGUGUUAGUUUGUAUACAUCUAUCAUUUUGUCGAUUUUCUUUGAGGUGUAUGGUUAAUAUUUAAAACUUACUGGGUUCAGAAAUAGAAUGUACUUAUAAAUUAGGAUAAAAUUGAAUAUCGUGUAAAUUGAACUUAAAGAGGAAAGGAAAAAUGGAAAGAAUAAUUAGAAUAAUUCUAUUAAUUUGUGAAUAAGUCUCUGGAAUCCUAUUAUAGAAAUUAUAUGACGCAAGAGAUUUCUGUGUAUUAUAAUAUAGAUUUUCGCUGUGUAUUGUGUAAUAUAUUGUGUACUUUUUGUAAUUUAUUAGAGUAGAACUAACCUUAGAAUAUUUGCUAAUUUGCUCAUAUAUCAUUUAUUCUAAAUUUAGAGAGCUACAUUUUCAGGAAUUUCCACGUUUUAUUUUGUAUAUCGUAGUUUAAUAGUUAACAUAAUGUUUUUCAAUGAUAGCUUAUCUAAAAUCUAUUAAACCAAGCGUAUCAAAAAAUUUUCGAAAAAUUCUAAGAAAUCUACUAUCCGUAAAUAUCAUAGGCGGAAAUUAACAAACAAUAAAUUAAAUGCGCGAGCAUGCAUUUAUAAUUAGGAGAUUGUAGGUAGCCAGAGCCUUGUCCAUGAUCUUACUACAAGGUACCUCGCGUGAAACAAGUUGAACUUCCUCUGAAACACUGCAUACAAUCUAUAUAAAUUCUUGAGGAAACGAAUACAAUAUUUAUUUUGCCAAUUAGGGAGGAUUCCUUCGUCCACUUACAUUAUCGCUAAUUAUGGGUAUAGUGUCAGGCAAAUAUUCGCGAUCGAAUAGAUUAGAUUAGUUGGAAAGUUCUAUCGACUUCUUUCACUUAAAGUUUCUUUUAGUUCGAUAAUUUAUAUCUGCAAAUAUUCUAUUAGCCAGAAUAAAAAUUUCCAAUUACAAGGAAGCAUUCCAUUUUCCUCAUAACAUUCGCAAAGUGUACCAUGAAAUGGAGAAAGUAUGCUUCGUGUAUCGAUGUGUCAUUUCAUUAUGGCUCCUAGAAGAACUCCUAAAAAAGCGAAGAAAUUAUAAAUUCUAUACCUUAGAGGGAAAAAUGUAGAUGAUAAGUUUAAGUAGCGUUUCAGCAGCGUAAGGCGAAGAGUACCAAUUAAAAUUUCUCACUGAAGUGUUGGAAUGAAUUUAAAUGGAGAGAAAGGAGAAGCAUUAAAUAAGAAAUGUCGAUAGGAAUUUCCGACAGAUCGGACGGUUCGCGUGAAAUUAGCAGUGGCGUCAUGUAAACUAUUCAGCAUUUUACAAACUACAUUCAAUCGAAUUUUCUUAAUCGCUUCGAUUGGACGACGCCCUGCGUUUCGCAUAGCAAUUCCCUUUGCAAAUGCGAGCACUAUCCCGCGCACUUUGGGGUCACGUUACUUUCAUUGAACAACCUUUGACGUAUCCCAUGCUAUUGCAACGAUCUAUGAGGGAUCCCACGAUCCAUGAGGGAGGAUACGUGAUCUUUUAGGCGUGAUUCAUACCUUAUUGUAAAUAUAGGUUGAACGUGUAAGGCAUCGCCUCUUGAAACAGGUUUCAGUAAGUUACAAUAAUUUCAAUUAUCCUUCAUAUCCUACCAUAUUGUAUUAUAUCUAUUUCUGUAAUUGGAAUAGAAGACUAAGAUAGGAUAGAAGUGAUCGAACUAAUUUCUACAUCGAAUAAACUGAAAUAAAAAUGUAUAUGAUCUCAUUUCCUCGUUAUAAUGUCUUAUUUGUAUUGUUCUUGUAUUACUAUAUUUUUCGUCUCUGGUAUUAUCUCCAGCUCGUUAUAAUUAAAAUAUUGUAAUAAAUAAAAUAUACUGAAAUAAUAUGUGCGAAAUUCUAAUAAAAGACGGCAGUAGUUGAACAAAUGAACAAUUAAGACAAUUAAAUAUCGGAUAAAUAUUAUUAAACAAUAAUUAAUAAUUUAAAAUUCAAUCGAAAUAUUAUAGUUGCGUAUCACGUAAAUGAAAGCUUAUAAGCAAAAUAAGUAUAAGCACAUAAAAUAGUGUGCAUUUCGAAUGGAACAUACCUAAGUACAUGUACAAAUGGAAACAAAACUUAGAAAUACUUAUUCCAAAAAACAUAUUUAGACCCUAACCGUUCAAAUUUAUCUCAUGAAAUUUGUACAAUAUUAGUCUCUUAAUAGUCAUCUCCCGAAACACCAUACUCCUGCUGUCUCAUCUAUACGUCAUCGAAUGCAACUGGCACGUCAUGUCAACUACGCCCAGUUCGGAACGGAAGGAGAGUUAGGCAAAGACAAAGAAAACUUAGACAAAGGGACAAUUAUCUUAUUAUGCUGGCUCGCGAAUAAUUCCCGUGUAGUUGGAACGAAAAUAAAAAUGUAGUUGAACAGGGCGUCCGUUUAUCAGUAUUCGUAAUACGGGUGCGGCAAGGCAAACCGGCUGUAUCGAAGCAGGAACUCGAUAUCCUUAGUAGUGGACCGAAAGAAACGCAUACCGUAACGUUUCGUGUCACGUCGAUGUCCUUUAAGAAAGUCGAUCACGGAGUUAAUUUAUGGCCAAACGGGUGCAGUUCACACUGGAUGCAGCAUGCGAGUACCGGUUAUAUACUUGUCGAGCCACUUGAAUGCCCUGCAUCCGUGUUACAUUUGGUCACUUUAUCCAUUUUUUUCUUUUUGCAUUCAUAAGUUGAUAGAUAGAAUUAUAAGCUUUUAAACUUUUAGUAUGUUUCAAUGUAGAGAAAUUAGUCGCUCGUAUACUGAAUUUUUAUUUAAACUCGUAGGUAUUUUUAUGGAGACAAUUUGUAUAAGAAAUUUGCCUUAUUCUCUGAAUAUCGUAAUAAGUGAUUUACUUCGAAAAUGUUUGUAUACCAUGCGCGUCUUGUAAAUUUUCUAUAAAUACAUAAACAUUCCCAAUCUAGUUAUCAAAUAGCUUAUUUAUAACAAAUAUCAAUUUCUGAAGCUCAAUUAAUUUAAUGAAACGAAAAAAAUAUUGUUGAAUAUUUAUAAUAUGAAUAAUGUUUUUAAAAUUCUUACGCUAUACAAAAUAAACAAGAUAGGAAAACUACUAUGCCAUGUAUUACACGUUUCUCCAAUAUUAAUUCAAAAUCAUUCGAAUAUAUUUCAGUAAUGCGAAAGGCAAUGUUUUACUUUUUUAGUUGUCUUUUAUUUAUAAAGGUAUAUUGGUUAUACAUUUUGUUUCAUGAUUAUGGCAGUAAUAUACUGACUCUGAUUAGCUGCGCGUGACAUCAACAGUAUAAAAGUAAUCUAGAAACAGCUGCUAGAGGCAGUGGCAUCAAUCAUUCACUCCUCACAACAUAAAGAGAUAGAAAAUAAUAGUAAUAAAAGAGGAAAUUAAAAAAAAAAAAAAUAUAAAAGAA